AUGCGCUCGUCUUCUGGUUCUUACGAGGCCAUCGAUGUGCCGUUUGUACGCGGUCAAUUACGGUCAAUACUCUUGAUCGACUCAAUCAGAGCCAAUAAUAGAGGAUAUCCCGAACGGGUCUCAUUUCGCGAUUUUCGUCGUCGUUUCGGAUGUUUGGUUGAAGACGAACUGAACUCAUCUAUCGAUAAUGCGCUUGACGAUCGGGCUGCUGUAUCGAAGAUUCUUGAAGGAAUGGACAUUCAUCAGCACAGAUAUCGUUUAGGAAUCAGCCAGGUUCUUCUAUCGGCGGAUGUGCUGUGCGAGCUUGAAGAUCGUCGAGAGCUGUCCUUGUCGGGCUUGGUGACUGCAUUCCAGCGAGAAUGCCGUAGACACUUAGCAACGAAAUGGUUGCAGCGCAGACGAGUUCUGGAGACAGCCAUCAAAUGCAUUCAGGUAUUGCACAUGCAAAAACGACUAGCACUUUUGCAACCGUCACUUUAUUCGUUCAUCAUUUUGCGGUCUUGA